CGUUGUGUGAUUCUGAACUGGCGAGGGGGUGGAGGAGAUGCAGCGUCGGCUCAAGAGGCAGUGCAGGCGUCGCGCUCUUUUAAGCGCAGACCGAAACUACCAGAAGCUGAAGUACAUUGGGACAGUAUCACAAUCCAAGCCAGCACUAUGAUUAUAUCUAGAACACCUAAAUUGUCUGUCCUGUUGCGUCAUGAGCCACCUGCACUAAAUAAUGAAAUUUACUGCCUGAUGAUAUCAAUACAAUCCCAAGAAGAGACAGUUAUCAAGGAUGUAAAGCUGACCGCAGGACUUAAACCAGGGCAGGAUGCCAAUCUGACACAGAAGACUCUGGUUACGCUUCAGGGAGCAGAAAUGUGCGAUGACUCAAGCCCAGCUUUGCUCACUGACGUCCCCAUAGGAAACCUGCAGCCUGGAGAAAAGCUGGAUAUGCCUCUAUACAUUCGCUGCGGUACAGUUGGCACACGUGUUUUCCUGGUUUAUGUUUCAUACCUGAUAGACACAUCUGUAGAGGGCAAGGAUAUUGUCUGCAGAUGUCACCGGGAUGAAACGGUCACCAUUGAAACUGUGUAUCCAUUUGAUGUUGCUGUGAAAUUUAUAUCCAUAAAGUUUGAACAUUUAGAUCGUGUCUAUGCUGAUAUACCCUUCUUGCUAAUGACGGAUAUCUUGAGUGCUUCCCCAUGGGGCCUCACUAUCCUGUCCAGCCAGCUACAGCUCUCAUCAUCUGUCGCACCUGUGGACCAGCUGGAAUCCCACAUGGAAAACGUUGUCUUACAGACUGGAGAGAGUGCUAGUGAAUGUUUCUGCCUCCAAUGUCCUCCGGUAGCAAACCCCCAGAAUGGUGUGGCCACUGGCAGCUAUAUUAUAUCUUGGAAAAGGAGCUCAGCUGGAGAAAAUGUACCAGUUGUCAACACCUUGGUAACACUGCCACAUGUGAUGGUAGAAAGCAUUCCACUCCAUAUUAAAGCAGAUCUCCCUUCUUUUGGAAGAGUAAGAGAGUCUCUGCCAGUAAAGUAUCAUCUACAGAACAAGACAGGGCUAGUUCAGGAUAUCGAAAUUUCAGUGGAGCCAAGCGAUGCCUUCAUGUUUUCUGGACUCAAACAAAUUCGACUCCAAAUCCUUCCUGGCUCUGAGCAGGAGAUGCUGUACAAUUUCUACCCACUAAUGGCAGGAUACCAACCACUGCCAUCUCUUAACAUCAAUCUUCUGAGGUUUUCAAACUACACCAGUCAUAUGCUGAAGCGUUUCCUACCAACUCAUAUAUUUGUGAAGCCACAAGGUCGUCGUGUGGAUGAGGACUCCAUAGAGGCCGCAUAA